AUGCUACGCUACCUGUUCCGUAGUCCGCGUUCCAUCCGCCUUCCGCUCAAGAAUGGCCGAUUCAAUGUACAGAAGGUCUCUGUGACAAAGGAUUCACGUAUCAAUAUUUCACGUUUCGUAACGACCUUCAUUAUAAGUGUUUGUGUUGUCCGGACAGUCGAUCAUGUAUUCUCUGAUCGUGAUCUUAAGCGAGGAUGGGAAAGAUUGAAGAGUAAAGACUGGUGGGCAGAGCAUUGGAGGCAGACUCAGCGGCAAACACCCGCAAAUGGAGAUUCAAGAAUUGGUGCAGAGGACAAAAGCACCAUCCACCUGAUGCUUCCUAUCUGGGUCCGCCGCACAGAACGAGGUUUCUACAGAGAAAACGAUCCUCGGUGGAAGGCAUUUCAGAGCUUUGCUCAAGAUGAGAAACGCAUACAGGAAGUUAGUCAAGAAAUUGCCACGUACAUAACCGACGGACUCAAGGCCCCGAAAUAUGGUCCUUGGAUCGUACAUUUACAGGCUGCGACAAUGAUGGUCAACACGGAAGUGAUCAUCCCCAUCAAGCCUCCACAACUCUACGAAGUUCCAUGCGUCUUCAUUCAACAGUCCGGAGACGUUACCUAUGGCUGGCGACGGUUACCUGAUAGCAUUGGGGCCAAGAUGGAUCGAAUCUUUCAUCCCGUGAUGCUUUCGAAAGCUUUCUAUGCUGGGUGCCUUGCAUUUGCAGAUGUGACAUACCUUAUCACUAAAGCGCGCCUGACUGACCGUUUAAAUACGUUUAGAUCACAUUGGGACUCGUCCUCUCCCAAGUCAGUGAAGGCAUCAACAGAGGAAGAAAAGGUCAAUCAACGCCUGAUGAUCACCAAAACCAGCGACGAAGAGUUGAAACACACGCUCCCCUUCCUAAGAGGCGAAUAUGGAGAGAAUGAGUCCCGACAGCUGUACCGAGAGGCAGUGCGGUCAAUGACUUUCAAAAACGCCAUUGAGACGGGUUGUGCAGUAUUUCGUGCAAGCUGGACUACUGGGCAACCCAACGAGUUACUGAAGAACCCUGGCAGUUUCGUGCAACUCAAGUGCAUUGCUCACUGCAUCGGUGAUAAAGGCAAGCUUCGUUUUGAAGUCAAUGCUUAUUACGAUGUGGCCACCAACACCCUGGUAGGCAAGCCAGUAAUCACGCAAGCUCAAAUUGUCCCGGAUGUUGUUAGAUGGCAUGGCACUAAGAGCCAGAACCAGAGCCAG